GGCAGUUGCUUCGUCGGAAUUUGUGCCUGCGAAUGAGAGUCUUAGAGACAAAGCCCAACCCCGCGCUGUAGGCCUCUUGCAUGAGCAAAGAAGCUACUACUUAUGGCAGCUCUCUUGCCUUUUCCAACCCCUUUCCAGCAUACAUUCCUCGUCAACUUUUAUGCCCAGUCACCUGCCCAGGCCCGCCGAAGCAUUGCACAUCCUGACUCAAAGACACCGAAGAUGCCAGCGACCGCAUCCCAAUAUCAGCAUUUCGUCCCGCAGUUCCUCCUGCGGAACUUCGCCCAUCCCUACAAGCCCAAAAAGGAGGGCCCCAGAAAUCGCAAAAAUGGCAAGACCAAGUACGAGAAGGGAAUGUUCCCAGGCGACAAGGUUGUCCGGACCCUGAAUCUGACGGAGGACUCGCCCGUCAUCUGCGAGAAGCCCAUCUCACGUGUCCUGGGCCAGAUGAACAUGUACUCGGACAGCAGCAAGGUUGACCACCAGCAACAACACCAGGUGGAGAAGUUACUCUCCAAGCUCGAGAGCCAGGCCUGCCAGAUCUUCCGCAGAAUCACCAAAGCAUUUGAAGACAACGAAGCGGGUUUAUGGAUCACCCGAAGCGAGCGAGAUCUUAUUCGAAAGUUCCUCUUCAUCCUAAAGUACCGCGGCUCAGGCUUCCACCAUCGCUUUUACCAUGACAAGCCGAAGGACUACGCCGAAAUUGACCGAGAGCUCCUUCGCGAAUAUAUGGCAGAGAGAGGGUUCACGUGCCCAUUCAAUGUCUGGCUGGACAACCUAAGGGCAAUCAUUGAGCUCGAGAUGGAUCCGGAAGGGGAGUGGAAGAGCAAACUGCUCAAGCGCAUGUACAUGGACGACGCCAUGUGGUUCAUCACUCAUGCCCAGUGCAGCUACAUGGCCAUCUGCACGCCAUCUGAUAUCGCCGACGAGUUUGUCUUGACUGACAAUAGCUAUAACAUCUUUGAAGGGCCGAAUACCUUUGUGCAGGACACGGACACGGGCGAGGUUGGGGAAUCCGGGCACGUACCGAUUCACGAGUUCGCCCCAGUUUCCCCAAAACUCAUGAUCGUUCUGCGGAGCUUUCUGCUUCCCAAUCCACGUGAAGACGCUGACGAGAAGGUAAAAGCCUCACGAAAUUUUUGGCGUUUCUGUGCCGUGGAUGGAAUCUACGACUACUGGAAGAAGUCGCUCUUAGACGACCUCCCAAUUACCAAGGCCCGAAACAACUACACCCGUGUUUUCGAAGGCCGCCUCCAGUACCUCGACGUCGAUGAAACCAAAUGGAAGAGGCUCAAAAGCCACAAGUUCUACUUCUCCUUCUUCCCCGUCAGCACCAAGCACGUCCAUACCAUCAACGCCAUUCUGCUGGACAAUUGCUGGCCGUGCACCCACGUCGUCUUCGAGUCGGCCGAGAGCUUUACCCGAACCUUGGAGUGGUAUCUGACAGCACCUUGCACGGUCGGGAAGAUCAUCAUGGGGUACGACAUCGAGCGCCGCGAGGCGGCUCUGAAGAAGCUCGAGACCAUUUCACGCUCCCUGGGGUCUACAAAGGAAACGGUCUGGAAGCGGGAGUCUAGCCCGCCAAUGCGAGACUACGACAAAUUCCGCUUGAGACAUGCCGAGUUGCGGCGGGCUUUUAAGAGAAUUAUUACUGGAGGGGACUCAGCUGUUGAGGAGGUCAGGAAGGAGCGGUUCGAGGCUUCCGAUUCGCCCGCCAUACAGACAUACAGGAUCUUAGGCGGCACAUUCGACGCCUUUAGUUCGGACAUGGAUCAAGUCCCCAGGAUGUCUAAGCUGAGAGUCAUGAUUGACAUCUGGUCUAGAGGAGUCGACGAGACGAUCCGCCAACGGAACCGCGCUCUCCUACUCGACGCAUAUCUGCAGCUUCCACCGCAUCGAGUGUGGCUUUACGUGAAGGUUGAAAUCUGGCAGGUGCAAGACGCUCAGGGCCGUUUCCAGCUUUCCACCAACAAACUCUCUGGAAACGAGCCCGAGGACAUUAUCGCGCGAGGAAAGUGCCCCCUCCUUCAUACUCAAUUACUCAUGACCAAUGUUCCUCUUCCAAGCUGGCACGGGGAUGGUGGCUAACCCUUCCACAGCUCGCCACUGUGUCAACCCAGAGGCUCUCAACAGGCUCAUGUACCGCGCGGGCGUAGCCAGCGACAAAAUGAGCCAGUUCUCGGAUGUCAACCUCUGGGGAGAUAUCACCCUAGACUUUGAGGGAUACCGACGUUGGGUGUUUGUGACGCAAUGCACAUUUGUUGGGCCAGGCUGCAUCCGUGACUGCGGCAAGUAUUCGCCCAUUUGGGCUUCCAAGAGUCCUAAAUUAAUGGCCUAUCAGGCACACGAGAUGGCUGACCCUAACAUGGAUCAUCAGGCAUCCCAGAUAUCGAGAAGCUUGCGCGACAAGCGCAAGUCGAGGUC